CCAAAGAAUUCUAAUGCUUUGUGGGCUGUAAAACAUAAGAUACGUCUACAUCCGCACGUUGAGCAUAUUUCGGGCGGUCAGAAAUGAUAUGACCGUUGACUUGUGUAUGCUGGAAUCUCUCCGCCGCAUCAGGUGCGCCUGCCACGUAAACUAACGGUACCAAUUGGCCAUUUGUAGAAGAAGAACAUAUUCCAUUGCUUCCUCCUCUUUCGUUUUCCGUAUAAAUCUCUGCUCGUUUUGGUGGAUCCGACAGUAUCAGCAACAAUGUGCGACGAGUUUGUUGCCGGAGAGAGGCCGGAACCACUCGUCGGGCAGAGGUUUUGUGUAGGAUAUGCAUUGGCGCCGAAUAAAGUUCAGAGCUUUAUUAAACCUUCUCUCGUCAAUCAUGCUCGCCAAAGAGGGAUCGAUCUUGUCUCCAUCGAUCUCGAGAAGCCGCUAGUUGAACAAGGGCCCUUCGAUUGCGUCAUUCAUAAGUUGUAUGGAGAAGAUUGGAAGAAACAGCUAGACGAUUUCUCAUUUCAAAACCCUAGCACCUCAAUAAUCGACUCUCCAGACGCCAUCGAGCGGCUACGUAAUCGGCUUUCCAUGCUUGAAGUCUUCAACGGUUUGAAGGUCUCGAGCCAGAGUGAGGUCCUCGGAAUCCCGAAGCAAGUUUGCGUCCCUGACGAUUCGGAAUCGUUGUACAGCGCUUUUCAUCGCGCGGGGUUGAGGUUCCCGGUGAUCGCCAAGCCGUUAAUCGCAAAUGGGAGUGCUGAUUCUCACCAGAUGUUUUUUGUGUUCAACGAAGAGGGACUGAAGGGUCUUAAACCCCCGGUUGUGUUGCAGGAAUUCGUCAACCAUGGAGGUGUACUUUUCAAGGUAUACGUUGCCGGCAAGUAUGUGCAGUGCUUGAAGCGGUCAUCUUUGCCUGAUAUCUCCGGUGAUAACUAUUCUACAACCGUGAAUUUGUUCCCGUUUUCUCAGAUAUCAAAUUUGACUGCUCAAGAUAAAAAUGAUGCCACUUUUUCCAGGUCGAUUGAUGAUGAGAUAGAGAUGCCUCCAUUGAGUUUCGUUACUGAAGUAGCUAAUGAGUUGAGGCAUGCUCUGAAAUUGCAUCUCUUUAACUUUGAUAUGAUAAGGGACGCUCGAGUUGGAAAUCUCUAUCUGGUUAUUGAUAUCAAUUACCUCCCUGGUUUUGCCAAAGUACCUUCAUAUGAGACUAUUUUGACUGACUUUUUCCUUGACAUUGCUCACCAACAGAUAGGAAAGGGAUAAUGUAUACAAGUAUUUCCUUAUUUUAGGUCAGGAUAACUGGAUGUCAAUGUAUCUUAAGUACCUCACAAGGAGUGAUGGAUUUAACAUUGGAUCUUGAAUCUAUGUUUCCAUCUGUUUCAUCUAUGGUUUAACUAGUUAAUCUAUGUUUCCA